GAUUGCAAUUCUUCAGUCGCGGCUCAGAAUGUCCCAUUGAUUUUGAUAGUGGCUGUGGUGUUCGUUCGAAAUCCUGAUGGAAGGCCCUGACUUCCGAUAUGGCGGAGCCCCAGCGGCCCCCCCAGGCGCCCGCCCGAUGGUCGACCCGGAGGCCCUAGGAGAAGUCGAUCCCUCCAUGUAUCCUCAACCGAAAGAGGCGACCCACAAGAUAAGAGGAAGGUCAGACGUCAUAGAGGCACUCUUCGGCCCGGUCGACCAAGAGCUCUUGGUUAUAAAGAGCUUCUACUUCUUCUUCUACUCUGCGUUCGGUUCCCUCUUCCCCCUGAUGGGGGUGUACUUCAAACAGAUGGGCAUGAACGCCACCCAGUGCGGCUUCCUGGUUGGCGUCAGACCCUUCGUCGAGUUCCUAUCGGCGCCCUUCUGGGGUAGCUUGGCCGACAGAUGGAAAAAGGGUAAAAUCCUUCUGGUAGCCUCCAUCGCCGCUUGGAUCUUGUUCACCGUACCCUUGGGGUCCAUACAACCACCUGCUACCUCAUGCAUGGAGAUCAAGAAUAGAACGGCAAUCCUCACAACCCCCGUGGAUAGAUCUUUCGGGAAAAGGAUCCACGAUUACAUGGCCAGAUCUGACGACGAACCAGUGUCGCGCACAGUGAGAUCAACCAUGCCCAUCCUCAACGCCGGACAAUCGCCGAUAGGGGUGGAAUACGCCCAAAACUACGAACCUAAAGCCCACCAGACUUGGGUCCAGCCGAUCAUAUCUUCUAUCGUUUAUAGGAUGCAGGAUAUACAGAAGACGUUCUUCCUGCUCUUACUGCUAGUUACCAUAGGGGAGUUCUUCAGCGCUCCAGCUAUCACUUUAGCUGAUUCGGCUGUUUUAACUCUUCUGGGUGAAGACGCAGACAGGUAUGGCCACCAGAGAAUGUUCGGUUCCCUUGGAUGGGGAUUGGCGAUGUUCUUCGUCGGAAUAGCCCUGGACCACUCUACGGCAUUCCCCAACCACCCAUGCGGGCCCGACAAAAAGGAGAAAAACUACACCAUCUGCUUCGCGACCUUCUCGGUACUGAUGGGCGCAGCCUUGAUCUGCUCCACCCAGAUCACCUUCAGAUACGAAGAAGAAGAAAGGGAGAUUCAGCCGGAAAACGAGAAAAUCCCCCCACCCAUGACCCACGAGGAUCAGCUGCAAGCGCAACUGGCCGAGCAGCUACACCUGCCUUCCUUGGCCGACACAAGGGCUUCUUCCAUCCCCCCCAAAGAGGACAAGACCAAAGUCUUCGCUCAGACCACCAAAGAGAUGCCCGAAUGGGUGACAGUUUUGGAACAGUUCAAGAACCCCAAAUGCGCUUCCUUCCUGUUCGUGGCCUGGUUCAUGGGCUUCGGGAUAGGCUUGAUCUUCACCUUUCUGUUCUGGCACCUUCAGGACUACGAAGGGACCCCAACACUUUUCGGUGUCGCCUCUGUGAUCAACCACAUAUCAGAAAUAUUCGCCUACUUCUUCAGUUUCAGGCUCAUCAGGCAAAUGGGCCACGUUAAAGUGUUGUGUUUGGGCCUCAUCGGUAACACGCUCCGAUUUUUGUACAUCUCAUGGCUGACGAACCCUUGGUGGGUGCUUCCUUUUGAAUUCAUGCAGGGAAUCACGCAUGCAGCCGUUUGGGCCGCUUGCUGUUCUUACAUCGCCCACAACACCCCCCAACAACUCAGAUCCUCAGCGCAGGGAGUUCUUCAGGGGAUACAUCAUGGUCUGGGCAGGGGAUGUGGAGCAGUCAUCGGUGGAAUUUUCGUUAGCAAUUUCGGAUCCACUGCAACUUUCAGAGGCUACGGAAUCAUAUGUUUGAUCGUUUUGGGGGUGUUCAUCUUCAUCAACUUCUACAGAGUGGAUCAGGGCUUCGUUUCCGACCUACCUCAAACAGAAGACCCAAGGCAGGUGGCUGAGGAGACGUCUCAUCUUGCACCACACGGUGUACCCAGCAACCCUAUACCAAGAGCAUUAUCGAGUUCGAAACUUCAUGAGAUGGCCCAACAAGACGGUUAUGGUGCUACAUAUCAAAUGGGACAAGGAGGAACCUUGGACAUCCCAGGUGCAAAUCCCUUCACCCAGAACACCACUACCAAUCAACACCAGAAUUAUGCAUUUCAGCAACCAGUUCAGCAACAAUCAACCUAUCCUUCAGCUUAUACAACACUCCAGCAGCAACAACCCUCCAAUAUGAACAACUCUAAUUAUGCUUGGUAAUGCGAAUAUCUUGGGAUGUUGUAAAACCGAAAUAUUCAGUAAAUAGGAGGGACAUAUGUAUAGGGUGUGACUUGGGUAAUGACUCAGUUUUGAAGAUUGAUAUUUUAUGAAGAAAACAGCGACGCAGUAUUUCAAUUUUCACAUGAUUAAGAUCCAUCAAAAUUUGUGCCAGCACAAACAAUCAUGAGCAAAAUAUGCUCAAAAGGCACAUCUUCAAAUUGAAGAUUUACCUAAGGAACACCCUUCAUAAAACGUAAUUUAUCAUGCUACUUCAGUGUGAAAAUAUUGAAUGUAUAUAAUCAAAGCAUUUAAUGCAGUCCAAUUACCAUAUCCACAAGUGAAUAUCAAAGUAAUCAGAGGAACAAUCGAAAUAAUGAGUAUUAUUUAAAAAAAAACUAUAUCAAACGAAUUACUUGAAUAUAAAGUGAUCAUUUCAAACUUCCCUUAAAAUACAUAUUGCAAAAAGGAUCUCCCUGAAUUUUGAUAGUUUGUUGAAAGACACGCUUAUUUUAUACAAUUGUAGGAAAAGCUCAGAAGAAAAGACAAGAGAUUCAAAAUUUUUUUGACUGUGAUUUGAUCGAUUUAGAUGUUGCUUUGAAUAAAAUACUGGACUAGAAUGAUUAUUUCGCCUUUAAAAGUUUUUCCUACUUUCGAAAUUUUUGCUGUAUCUAUUAGAAUAUACUCAAGACACUUAUUUUGUGAAUAAAUUUAAGAAGUAGGUUUAUUUUCAAAUAUAAUCGUGAAUAAUUCGUAAAUCUUAGAGAAAUCGAAGUGACAUCCUUAGUCCAUACAUAUCUCCAUAAAAGACAAUUGUUGUGUUUUGUGUUAUGUAACUGCACAUUAUUGAUAGUUUUUGAACUAGUGAUUGUAUAACAAUCAUUUCAAAGUUUAAGAACAUUGUAUAUUUAUAUGUAUAGAAGCACCAAACCAAACUGUUAUGUAAAAUUAAAUAAAUAUUUUUCUCCAAAGAAAUC